UCGCCAUGGGUAACGUCCUGGCCACCAGCUCCCCGGUGCCCCCUCCUCCAGUGCCGGGGCCGGGCAGCGGCCUGGUGUCGGUGCCCCCCGGCUUCACCAUGCCCCCCGUCAGUGGGCUGGUUUCCCCACCGCAAGAUCGGGCCGCAGAAGAGAAAUCCGACCAGCUUCCCAACCCAGGCACGUUUGAAGAGUGCCAUCGCAAAUGCAAAGAAUUAUUCCCCAUCCAGAUGGAGGGCGUGAAGCUGACUGUGAACAAAGGCCUCAGCAAUCACUUCCAGGUCAACCACACGGUAGCACUCAGUACGGUCGGUGACUCCAAUUACCACUUCGGGGUCACCUAUGUCGGGAUGAAGCAGCUGAGCCCCACAGAGGCCUUCCCAGUGCUCGUGGGUGACAUGGAUAACAGCGGUAGCCUGAAUGCACAGAUCAUCCAUCAGGUCACAAACAAAGUUCGUUCAAAGGUGGCCUUCCAGGGGAAAUACACAGCACCUAACUGGAUCGGGACCCUGACGGUAGGCCAAGCGGGAGCACACGCCACGUAUUACCAUAAAGCCAGUGAUCAGCUGCAGGUGGGUGUGGAGUUCGAAGCCAGCGCUCGCAUGCAGGACACGAGCGUAACGUUCGGCUACCAGCUAGAUCUACCGAAGGCCAACCUGGUAUUCAGAGGCUCUGUCGACAGCAACUGGAUCGUCGGGGCAGCGCUGGAAAAGAAGCUCCUCCCCCUGCCCCUCACGCUGGCCAUGGGGGCCUUCCUCAACCACCGCAAGAACAAAUUCCAGUGCGGUUUCGGACUGACCAUCGGCUAAGCCCGCCCACCUCCCUUCGCACUCUCUUUCUCUCUCUCUUCCCCCUGCCGAUUCAGCACGCCUCACUUUGCACCCGCAUCCUUG